AUGUAUGCCGCACGAACAACCACCCGAGCCGCCAUUCCGCGCGCUGCUCGCGCUGCCCGCGCUCCUCGCGUGCAUAACCGAUUCCAGUCCACCACCUCUUCAUCAUCAAACACGAGCAAUGCGGGACCCAGUAGCAAUACGCACUUCGCUGCCGGCCUCGCUGGUGGUGUUGCUGGCGGCGCCCUCCUUUACGGAAUCUUCCUAUUAACGCCGUCCGGCAAAAUGCACCGAACCAUCAACAAGGGAGCCACGGAGGCCAGCAAGAAAUACUAUGAGGCGACGAAGAAGCUGCAGGAGACGACGCCCGAUGUUGACGGUGCCAUGAAAUACAUCAAGGAGUUCUGCUACUCUUACGUCAGCUGGGUUCCGGGCGGACGCCAAUACGUCGACACCGUGUUCAAGGAUGUCGAUAUCCUGAGAGAGAACCACCAAGACGAGGUUAACAAGAUCAUCAGCGAUGCCUACAAGCAGAUGCUGGACCUGUCCAAGUCCGGGUUGAGCAUGGAGACCGCGUCCAAGGCCUACGACGUUCUCGCCGACAUUUCGAAGAAGCUUGGUAGCCUUGCGGGUGACGCGUUAGACAGCAUUCUGGACAAUCAUCCCCAAUUGAAGCAAAAGUUUGGUGGAAGCAUCGACCAGCUGAAGGAGAUGGGUGACCAGUAUGGACCGGAAGCGAAGAAGCAGGUCGACGAGACAUGGCAACAAGUCAAGGACGUGAUGGGUGGUGGACUGAGCGCCGCCAACCUGGACAAGGCACGGCGCUUGAUCGAGGAGAAGGUCGAGCAAGUAAAGAAGCUUGGCGACGAGGCCUGGAAGAAGGGAUUGGAGCAAGCGAAACCGUACUUGGACAAGAACCCUAAGGUCAAGGAACUGGUCGAGAACAACGCCGAUGCCCUGAAGCAAGGCAACGCGAAGGAGCUGUUCGAUAAGGCGAAGGAUGCCGUCAACUCGGGCAACAUGGGCGGCUUCGAGGACUACGUUAACAACGCCGUCGAGAAGGCCAAGAAGAAGGGCUCCCAGACUUCAAGCAGCUUCGGCCUUGACCAAUACUUCAACAUGAUCCCCAAUGGAUCCGAGAUCCUCGGCAAGGUGAACCAGCUGAGAGAGGUAGCCGAGAAGCACAAGGACGAGGGCGAGAAGCUGCUCAAGGAGACAAUGGAUGAGCUGAAGCAGGUUCUUGAGAAGAAGUCCAAGAAAGCCGAGGAGAUUGCCGACAAGGCCAAGAAGGAUGCCAAAUAA